AUGAAGACUUUCGCCAUCCUCGCCGCCUCUAUCGCCUAUGCCGGUGCCGCUCCUCUCGCCACCGACAGCGAAACCUUCAAGCUCAUCGCAUCCGCGCCCGGCACGCCCAUCAACGCCAGAUACCUCACCGUCAACAACGGAUUCUUCUACGUCGGCAAGGAGACCAACUCUACCUGUGGCAACAUCGCACCGAUCUUCGAGGGAGGUGAUGCCGGUUGGCUGGCCAUCUUCGGCGACGGCAAGGAAAACCAGCAGCAAGCCUUCGUCGACAUCUCUGGUGCGGCUGAUGGAGCCUUUUCGUACUCGCAUCCCGCCGACGGGCAAAUGAACGCCGAGCAGAUCAGCGACAAGUUCGAACGCACCGCCGAUGGGGACAUCCUGUACGACGGCAGCAACUGGCUCGCGUGCCCGCAGGCCGCUGGCGAGUACAUGAUCUUCGCCGACAAGGCGUUCGAUGCUCCGAGAGACAAGUGCACGACCCUUGAUAUUCAGACGAAGAAGGUCCGCACGCCGAAGGUCGCCUGCAUCUUCCAGUAA